GAGUAAAUUUAGGUCACGUUAUCAGUUACUUGUGUAACAAAUCCACAGCCUGAAGGAGGAAAAGAAAAAAAAAAUCCCUGAUAAAAACAUCUCCUUUUCUUCUUCCUCCCUUUCCUUUAGCCUAGGGUUCAAUGUAUUCCCCUGAAAAAUCAAGAAAUAAAUAGAACCCAAAAGUUUCUGAAUCCCAAAUUUCUUAAAUCUGAAUUCUUUACUAGUUCUGUUUUAAAUUGAUUAUUUUUCAAGCAAAUUAUAAUUAGGGAAUGAGCAAUCGUUGAAUCGUUUAGAAUAAACUAUACUCUGUAGCUCGCUAUUAGAGUUUGAUGGCUGCAGCGAGGAUUCUGAUCGGAGAUAUAGGAAACAAUAGGCCAAUAAUGAAGGACGAAGAGAAUGCUAAGGAGGAUGAUUCGCCUUCCUCUAAGAAGCUCAAGCUGGAGAGGUUCCCUUUUACUAGAUGGGAAUUUGCUGCCGCUCUUGGGGUCUUCUUUGUCUUCUCCUCCGGUUUGUUUUGCAUUUACUUGACAAUGCCCACUUCUGUUUAUGUAAACCUCAAGCUUCCCCGCACCGUUUCAGAUCUUCGCUUGCUCAAAGAAAAUCUUGCUACAUAUGCAAAAGAUUACCCAGCUCAGUUCAUCCUGGGUUACUGCUCUACAUAUAUCUUCAUGCAGACUUUUAUGAUUCCAGGAACAAUUUUCAUGUCAUUGCUUGCCGGAGCUCUUUUUGGUGUUGUUAGAGGCCUUUUCUUAGUUGUCUUCAAUGCCACUGCUGGGGCCUCUUCCUGUUUUUUCUUGUCCAAGUUGAUUGGCAGACCUAUAGUUAAUUGGUUGUGGCCUGAGAAGUUGAGGGUUUUUCAGGCUGAGAUAGCUAAGCGUAGGGAAAAGCUGCUGAAUUACAUGCUUUUUUUGAGAGUAACUCCAACCUUGCCAAACCUUUUCAUCAAUUUGGCAUCUCCAAUUGUUGACAUACCAUUUCAUGUUUUCUUUUUGGCUACUUUGCUUGGACUUAUUCCAGCCUCCUACAUUACUGUCAGGGCCGGCCUUGCCCUUGGGGAUCUCAAGUCAGUCAAGGAUCUUUACGAUUUUAAAACUUUGUCGAUGCUCUUCCUCAUCGGCUCCAUUAUCAUAUUUCCUACCCUCCUUAAAAGAAAGCGGAUAUACGAGUGAAGGCCGUGGUGGUGAGGCCUCUCUUCUGAGGCAUCUAAAACUUUGAGCUAAUUGGAGGAUCUGAGAAAGAACAGAGCCAUGGAGGCUGAUCACCACCUUCCCUUGUGAUAACCACGGGUUGAUUACUUCUCCCAUGUGACGGCAAAAGUGAAAAUAGAUAUAUAAUUUUUUUUUUUGUUAUUAGUAAUAACUUAAUAUAUACAAUAUUUAAUAUUAAUGUUAAUUCAUUGAUCUCCCAAUACGGAUUAUUUAGAUAGUUGGGAGCAAGAAAUCAGCUAGGAAAAGUAUGUUGAUACUCUUACUCGUCAGACAGAAUCCUCCAUGACAGCAGUGUUGGUUGGCAUUGCUGUGAUCAUGUAACAAUUAACAGUGUUUUAGUUCUAAAAAAUAACAGCAUUUGAUA